AGAUGGCUGCGCCUAUGAGUUUUCUACCGCGAGUAAUAAUCGGGGCAACAACUUUCGCUGUUGUGGUUGCUGGGACUUUUUAUCUGUAUUAUAGAUCUAGACACAUUUUCAGGAGGAAACCGUCGAAAGCACUGUCUCCAGAUAAACCUACUUCAAGUCAAUAUCUUGACAGCACAACAGAGGAAGCUGACUACCAGAGGGAGGUAUUCCAGGCGUUAGCGAGCUACCAUGCCGAGAGACAUGAGAGAGAUAACUCAAUAAUCAGCUUGAUCCUGUUGCUUGAGUCAGAUGAUGAGAGCCAACUGUGCAAAGUGCUGACAACUGUCGCCAACAAAGCAGCAUUCACCGAAGAGCAGAAUGCAGUGCGAUUUGCCGGUGGACUGCCAGUCAUAAUGAGACUGCUGGAGAGAGACUCUGACCGUGUGAGAACCUGUGCUGCCACCUGCAUUGCCAACCUCGCUCUUAAUAACCACAAUCAGCCUGUACUCAAGUGUUGUAUUCCAACACUCCUUGCCCUAAGCACUGACCCUCUUCACACCAAGGGCCUCCGGCUGGCCAGCAUCCAAGCCCUGGUCAACUUGUCGGUCAGUGGUCAGUGUGGGGAGCUCUUCAGCUACCCGGGAGCCCUGCACAGCCUCUUUGCACUCAUUGGGGACGGUUCAACGUCCCUUGGCCAGCAGGCCCUGCGAGUGCUGGUCAACUUGUCGGCUGAUGAAACAGUGGUGCCAACAUUGCUUGGCUUCCAGGUUCCUGGUGAUUUUACAACUCAGUUGGAGCCACAUCACACCCCGGAAUCUCUCCUCAGAAUGCUGUCCUUUCUCAUCAACCUGAGAAGUUCGCCUCUCGCAUCAGUCGGGGGGAAUUCCCAGGUAACGAAUGCCUCCCGAGGGUCCAGCUUCCGUGACCUUCUCAUCGGGGGCGCGGACGAGCUGAAGGUUGCAGUGGAGACGCUGGUGCACCAUGGCAACACCAACGUGGAACAGCAGGCCAGGAGGCUUCUGGCGAUGCUCUCGGCAUUUUGAGGCGCAGCAAGGUGGAAGCCGACGUGCUCCCUGACUCUUGGUUUGUGGUGCAACUUGCUCCUCCUUCAAACAAUUUUUUAAUGAAAUGAAUUGUAGCUUGUAAUUGGGGGACGUCUUCAUACCCUGGGUGAGUUCUUCCGACAGAAUUAAUGGUGAUCAAUAAUUUCUUGUAAUUCUUGUCAAUUUGUUGGAGUUUGUCAAAAUGUAUGGAAAUCUGCAUUACUAGAAGCGGUCGAUUCCUUUUAUCUUACACUAUCACACGAGUGAGUGUACCCAAAUAUCAUUAUGUUAUCAACUAUUACGUGUAUUCCUAAUUUAGAAUCUUUCAUAACCACCAAUCAUAGGCCAUUGACUUUCGUUAGCAUUUCCAUUCCCAAGUCAUUCUGGGGAGAUGUUUUGUGGUUGUUACAUUUUAUAAGAAUAACAAUCACAUUAGGUAAGAUUGCAGUAACUCGAGGUUUUACCCCUAGGUAUCCCAAAACAACCUCUUUGAGGUAAACCUUGAGUCACCACGUGUUUCGUUUUGCAUUCUCCCCUUUAUUGAAUGGGAUCUAAUGAACUGAACUAAUUUUUGAGGAUAUAUUUUAAAAAGGGGUAGCCUUGGUUACGCUGGGUGCAAAAGACUGUGGUUUGACAGUUAACGACACAAAGCUUGCUUUUAUUUAGACCAAGUUUGAAUCUAUCUCAAUGAAGAACUAUUGUAUAUGUAGACUUUGGGAAAACUCACAAAAUUAAGUGGAUUCAGGCUCAAGUAAGAUGUUUUCAUGACGUUCAUUUAUUCACAAAACAGCAGUCACUGCAUUUCAUCUAGAAAGGUAUAUAAAUAAAUCAAGUCAUUUUCUGCUCUAUAUACAGCACGUACAUCAUUCCACUUUCAAGAACUCUUUACAAAUAGCCUGUAUUAUGUACAAAAUUAUAACACAGCUUUUAUCUUACAGUUUUUAUGAACAGUUUAAAAGAAAUUUAUUCAGAAGUGCUUAUUUAAAUCAUGAGUAUGUAUACAUUUUAUAAUUUUUCUAUUAAUGCAAUUGAUGCCUGAAACUUGGGCACCCGUGAAAAUGCUUUGCAAAUCUUAAAGCAAUCUUUCCAAGUUGCUUAGCAGCGUUUUGCACAGAUUUGCUUGGUAUGCAAGUUUUUCCGUGUUUCUGGCCAAAUAGGUCACUGAUAUAUAUUAACAUUCCUGGCGCUGGCACUCUGCUGAAAUCUGCUUAAUAACUUUUAGUUAUGCGUGACAUUUGAUGGAAGUGCCACUUGCUGAGCCUCAGCGUUCGCCGCCUGCAGCUGUCCUGAUUUAAGAGGGCAUCCUUUAUAUAUAGCCACUGGCUUUGCAUUCAGAUUAGCACACGCAACGCUGACAUUAUGGAGCAAGUAACAAGCACUGUUUGUACUACCUUAGUUGUAUUUAGUGUACAUUUGCCAUUCUCAACAUGAGGCUAACGCAUUGAAUUUUACUGCACAAUAGAUUGUGUAUGGUAAUUUAUAAUUAGGAGGGGAUGCCACAUGACGAGUCAUUAAUUCAUACAGCCCUCUAGUUUUUUUCUUUCAGGUGGAAACUAGCUUUUUUGCAGCAGAACUGCUGCUAUUGUGCUGUACUUUUGCAAGCCACAUGACACUGUACAUAAUAUAGUCCUGUUUAGUUUGCUGUAUAUAGAAAUAUCUUUUUAAGUGGUUAUGUCAAAGGGUAUUUGGAUGAUUUGCGUAGUGCUUUUUCUUGAUGUCUUGUUUUGGUGGUGGUGUAGAGUUUUGUGUAAGGAUAAUGGAAGGGAUUGUGAUGCGGAAAAUACUCAAGAGGGGUUUGGGUAAAGUCUCACGAUAUGAGAUCAGUUGCUUCGAAUUUACUACUGCAUAUUGGAGCUUACACAGAGUUUGAAAAGAUUAAAAUACAACGUAAAUGCUGCAAUAGAAAUAGAGUUACUUCUUAUGCGCAACAGGUGUUUGGGUAGAAUUUCUCAAUAAUACAAGAUCACCACUUUAGACUCACUACUGCAAAUUGGGCCAUUUUUUGAAAAUUGUGAAGUAUGAUUAGUGCGCUGCAAUGAAAUAAGAAGUGUAUAUG